AUGAGUAUAUACCACCUAUAUGGUUCCUCUUAUACUUACAGCGCUGAAGAUGAAGAAGAUGAUGAUUAUCACGUUGAUCGACAACAACAAGGUCAUAUUCACACAAGUGAAGUUCAAGCAAGAAGAACAGGUUGUCGGAUCUUCAAUGUCAACUUUUUUGGAAGAUCCAUUAUCACUACUGUAACUUCAAAACCACGUGAAAUCAAGAGAUGGAUUGACAGUAGUUUGUAUUAUGAACGCUAUCAGUAUCAUAACCGCACUCUCGUUGUCGGACUUGGUGUUCAAUGGCUACCUCCUUAUCGUGGUUCUGUUGAUCCUGCUGAAACUCUACAGCUAUGUGUUGGUACUCGUAGUCUCAUUAUUCAGCUCUCUCAUACUCCUUAUGUUCCUAGAAUCCUUCGUAGAUUUCUUGGUGAUGAGAAGAUUACUUUUGUUGGGAUAUGGAAUCAUAUGGAUGAAAAGAAGCUUUUGAUGUCUGAACAUCAACUUUAUGUUACGAAUUUGGUUAAUCUGAGUAAUAUUGGGACUAGUGGAAAUGAUUCAUCAAGAGGUUCUAUGGAAAACUUGGUUAGGGUUUUUCUUGGUUUCAGUGGUGUUGCUAAAGAUCCUGUUGUUGGUAGAAGUAAUUGGAAAGCUAAGAAUCUUAGUCAUAAUCAAGUUCAGUAUGCUUGUGUAGAUGCUCAUGUUUCAGCUGAGAUUGGGAAGAAGUUGGAAGCGUGGAAUUAUAAAUGUUAG